GUUAAGCUUCUUUUUUGCGUCACUGUCCAGUACCACCUAUCAUUUAUGAGACACAUUAAACUAUUGCAGAGAGUUGCAGAACCCUUUAUUACUAAAUGAAUUAUGCCUGUGGGGCGGGGUCAAUCGGAAAUCUAAAUGAGGCUUGUGGCCGCGUUCAAUCCGAUUUACCGGGUGCGUUCGGAGCCGCUGGGCGCCUUUCUGACGCGACACGGUAAACAUGCGGUCCUGAGGGCUCCCAGUCCACGCGGCGAGUCGCACCGACGGCCGCAGCAAACUUUGGGAUCCGCCGCAGCGAUCGAGUUCGCCGGACGUCUUGGAGAGUUAAACUUCGGGGCUGGAUCGCAGCAGCAGCCGAGAGGCAUGGGCUGUGUACACAGUACGGCCGGCGGUCAGGUCGGCAAGAAAAAGAAGAACAAGGCAAAGAAAAACGGGAAGACCUUCUCGGAGCCGGAUGGCCGGGAGCAGGGGAGCGUUCAGGUCACACUGGACCGGCUCCCAGAGCAGGAGCUAAAGAUGGUUCGCAGCUUCCUGACGGCGGCCAGUGCUGAGGGCCUGGAGAUGCCGCAGGAGGUGCAGCAGAACGAGCUCCUCACACUGCUCCUGGAUGUCCUCAAGAAGGUGACCGCAGACAAGACAGCAGAGCUGAGUGCUCAGUUUGAGGAGAACAUCAAGCGUCUCUCCAAAGAGCACAGUGACAAAAUUGAAAAUCUGCAGCGGUCACAUGAUGAAAAGGUCAACACCAUGAGGGACAGUUUUAAGGUGGCUGAGGUUUCGCUGCAGGGCCAGGUGGAGGCGCUGACUUCCGAGCUGAAGGCCUUCAAUGAUCUAAAGCAAAGGGUGGCGGAAUCAACCCUGAAGAGAGACCUCAACGGCAAUAUUCAGGCGCAGGGUAGCCCAGGAGAAUUCUGGGAACAGGAGCUGGAGAGCCUUCUCUUUGUCAUAGAAAUGAAGAGUGAGCUUUUACAGAAGAAGGAGAAGAAGCUGCGGCAGAUGGAAAUACUGGCGGCAAAGAACCGAUCCCUCGAGGACCAAGCAGUCGGCAUUCUCCAGAAGAACGAGGACCUACGUGUGCGCAGCGAUAGCUACCAAAGCCAGAUCCAGCAGAUGUCCUUGGAGCAAGUCCGCCUGAUGGAGGACCUGGAGCAGACGGAACUGCUGAAUGUGAAACUGACGCAGGAGAAAGAGGAACUCCUAUACAAGCUGCAGCACAGGGAGUCUUGCCCCACCACCUCCCCCUCCCUAAGCAGACUCCCUACCAAGUCCCCCAAUCACUUGAGAUGACCCGCCUUCCCUUAACCUGACUUGGCCCAAGGGCGCCGCCCUGCUGGUUAAACCUGGAGUGGCGUCCCAGACUUCUACACCCUGAACUAUGCUACGUGUUUCACGACUUUGACAACCGAGUUUUAAUUUUGGUUGUGGUGGGAUUUUAUUUUAUUAUAUAUUUUUUAAAAUUUUCUUGCUGCCAGAAGCCUUGACCAUGAGCUGGAACAAGAGUAAAGGAACUAAUGAAGGAAGUUGGUUCUUGUCUUCUGCCAAGUGCCAGUCGAAAAGAGGCUGAUGGCUGUGUUGCUGCAGCAAAGCCCGUCUGCUUUGGUUAAAUGCUCACAAAAUUAAUAUAACAACAUGCUGACAGCCUGCCUCAAGGGCGCCGCCCUGCUGGUUAAACCCCGAGAGGCCACUCGUAUGAAGAUUCUGAUGCCAGUUACAUCGUUUCCUGAUUAUGCCUUGCUGCCGCAAGUCUCCAUGGUGGAUCGGAAGUGGAGUCAAAGGACUUUUGGUCUUUUCUACUGCCGAGUUCGUUUCUGAGUUUUUGCAGGAAGACACUUUAACUAUAGCAAAUGGGUCUGUUUCAUGCAGGCUUUAAGCAUUACCCUGCCUCUCCUUGUUCUGAUGUAGCAAGGCUGUUGUCUUUAUUUUGACGCUUCUGGUCCUGUCUCGCUGAAAUGGAUCAGAAUGUGGCUCCAUUUAUUCCACGUGCAUUUAAAUGACGUGUGAGUGUGAGAUCUUGGUUUAGAGCAUUUUGUUUGGAUCUCUCUCACAUUUGGACUCAGGUGCUACCGUGACUGGGUUUUGCAUCACCCAAUCCAACGGGAACAUGUUCUGCGUUGAUCUAAGAACCAAAAGAGUACUUAAAGCAUAGAUUUUGGAUCCACGCUGUGGUCAAUUGCACUUGUGCACUUUUUUGUUUUAAUGGGUGUAUGUGAGCGUGUGUGCGCGUGUUUGUGGAAUGUGACUUGACACUUUCCAUAUUUUAGUUUUAAGGUUUUUAUUUUUUCUUCUAAGUCCGCAAGACGCACACUGAAUGUCAUUGACAUGCUCGACUGCAAGUGCCAUGAUAUCAAACCUCCAAUAAAAAAAAAACAAAAACCUUC